GGGCGAACUUGGGAGGUGGGAGGAGAACGGGGUCGUUCGUGCUGUGUGUGCGGGAGAGCGGGACGGCUCGGGGCCUGACAGAGAAGGGGAGAGAAGCGGGAUUGCCUAAGGCGUGAGAGACGGAGAGAGAGGCGGGACCUUUCUGAGACCGAGAGAGUCUAUUUUCCUCGGGCCCGUCCUCUCAAAAGGGAUCCUCAGUGGAUUGACCCGGGACACCGUGAUUACAAAAUGAGUUUCAACUUUGCGAAUCCAGGUGGAGGCAGCAGCUUUCCCUUCACUGCUCCCAAGACUGGUGCAGGAACAGGGAGUGCCUUCUCUUUUGGCAGUACCACUGCAGCCUCCCAAGGACCCUUUGGUUUUGGAACACCACAGCAGGUCACAGCCACGGCGACUUCAGCACCCAGUGCUGGUCUGUUUUCAUUCAGUACUCCAACCACUGGAGUCACAUCAUCCACUGGAUUCUGCCUGCCGACACAGCCAGCAACAACCUCCACUACUGGAGGCUUCUCUCUUGGAGCGAACAAGCCAAGUUUAGGGUUUGGUGGCACAGGAUGCAAUCCUGUCUCUGGCUUCUCCUUCGGUAGUGCUCCUGCUACCAGCACCACCACAACUUGUCCACCCCUGUCCUCUGGAUCGGUAGCGCAGACCACGGCACCAACAGGCUUCAGUUUCGGCACCAAUCCAGCACAGCCAGCUGUGGGAGGUUUCGGCCUGGGUACCUGUACCACGGCUCAGUCAACAUCUUCUACUGGGUUUGGAUUCACCUCUACCCUGGCUGCCCCGACCCAGACUACAGCAGCUGGUGGAUUUACCUUUGGUGCAGCUACAAAUGGAACACCCACUCUUACUGGCUUUAGCUUUGGCACGCCAGCAACUACAGCAGCUCCCAAACCGGUGGCACCACUCUCUCUGGGUGCGCAGUCUACAGGUUUUACUUUUGGCUCAUCUACAGUGGCAUCAUGUGCCAACACAACAGCUUCCACAACGCAGGGCUUCUCAUUUAAUGCAAAGCCAGCAGGAACUUCGACUGGUACAUCGACUGCUGGGCCGACUCUGUUUGCCUCAGUGGUGAGCUCAGUACUUCCUGCCACUUCAACGACAACUGGCUUUACACUGACCAGUGGUACGACUCCUACUCCUGCAGUUGCUGCAACUUCUACUUCAUUUGGAUUUAAGCCAACCAGUACAGCCCUGCCCAUCACCACAGCUGCAAACCUGGCUUCCACCUCUGCAGCCGCAACCACCUGCAACACUGGCUUUUCUCUGGGACUGAAGACACCAGCAAGUUUCUCCCUCACACCAGGGCCUGCUGUGACAGCUGCCAGUGCGAGUACCACAGCUGCCACAGCCACCACUGCUGUGGGCACUACUACUGCCACCAUUACCACGACCACUAUUGCUCCUGUGGCUAGUAGUACUCCUCCAGUAAUGUCAUAUGCUCAACUGGAGAGUCUCAUCAACAAGUGGAGUGUGGAGCUUGAGGACCAAGAGAAACAAUUCCUUCACCAAGCCACCCAGGUCAAUGCUUGGGACCGGAUGCUAAUCGAAAAUGGAGAGAAGAUAACUGCCUUACACCGAGAAGCAGAGAAAGUGAAGCUGGACCAAAAGAGACUGGAUCAAGAGCUUGAUUUCAUCCUGUCACAGCAGAAGGAACUGGAAGAUCUGCUGGAACCACUGGAGCAAUCCGUCAGGGAUCAACAUGGCACCAUUUACCUGCAACAUGCUGAUGAAGAGCGAGAGCACACUUAUAAGCUUGCAGAGAAUAUUGAUGCUCAACUGAAGAGGAUGGCCCAAGAUCUGAAGGAAAUUAUUCAACAUCUCAAUAGCACCAGCAGUUCCUCUGAGAUCAGUGAUCCAUUGCAACAGAUUUGCAAGAUUCUGAAUGCCCACAUGGAUUCUCUCCAGUGGAUUGAUCAGAGCUCAGUCUUGCUGCAGAAGAAAGUGGAGGAUGUCUCGAAACAGUUUGAAAUCCGUCGGAGAGAGCAAGAGAGGAACUGCAGAAUUACAUUUGACUGAACCUGGCUGGGAAUUAACUUGCACCAUUCUUUUUCCAAUUAGUUUUCAAUAAAGAAUCUCAUUAUUGCUCAGUAA